UAUUACUCUUUAAUUUGCUAAUAACAUUAUGGCUCUUCGGUUCCUUAUCCUUUCUUUUGCCGUUUUGGCUAUGGCUGCUUCAUUUGCCCAUGCAUCUGAUCCCAGCCCAUUGCAGGAUUUCUGUGUUGCAAUCAAUGAUUCCAAGGCUGCUGUGUUUGUUAAUGGAAAGAUUUGCAAGAACCCGAUGGAAGUCGAUGCUGAUGACUUCCUCUUCCAGGGCCUUAACAAGCCUGGGAACACGUCAAAUCCGCUUGGAUCAGCGGUUUCUGCAGUGAAUGUGAAUAACCUAGAAGGACUAAACACUCUUGGCAUUUCACUAGCUCGUAUUGAUUUUGCACCCUACGGUCUCAACCCUCCUCACACCCACCCUAGAGCAACCGAAGUCCUCACUGUCCUUGAGGGCACCCUCUACGUUGGAUUCGUUCUUUCUAAUCCACCACCGGGAAUGAAAAACAAGCUCUUUACUAAGACAUUGUAUCCCGGAGAUGUUUUCGUGUUCCCAGAAGGCCUCAUUCAUUUCCAAUUCAACAUCGGACAUUCAAACGCCAUUGCUUUUGCUGGUUUGAGUAGCCAGAACCCGGGAGUCAUUACCAUUGCCAACGCAGUAUUCGGUUCUGAUCCACCAAUUGAUCCUAAAGUUUUAACUAAAGCCUUCCAAGUUGAGGACAAAGUGAUUGAAUAUCUCCAAGCACAAUUCUGGUAUAACAACAAUAACUAGACAAUAGAAGCUGAUAUGAGAUGAUAUUAUGUAUCCUACGUUUCAAUUCCUUGGCUCCAAGAAUAAAAAUCUCAUGUACUACUUUAUGUCCUGAGUGGAUUGUCGUGUACGUAAUAAAGUAAUGGCUGAAAUGUGGAUUUGGCCCUUAUGUUUUUUAUCA